AAGGUCCCUUCCAGCCCAAACCAGUGUGGGAUUCUGUUUGCAAGUUUAAGUAUGGUGUAAACUCAUGGGAAAGACUGGGAUAAUCAGAUACAGAAGCAGCUGAACUACCUUUCAAUAUUCAAAUAAUAUGCUUUGCUCAGGCUAUUAGGCAAACUUUUUUUAAAAUGCAAAGUAGAUUUAAACGCACCCUCUGGAGAAGAGGGUUUAUUUCUAUAAACUGGAGGUUUUUAACAGAUCCCUUCUCUCUUCUCUGAGCAUACAAGCCCAACUACUUUGAGCACUAGUGCAGCAUCCUGUGGCCUGUUCGGACUGAAAAGGCUCAUUUAUUGUGCCAGUGAUUGCAAAACAGUUUCCACUACUGGUGUGUGCUUUUUCCUUUGGCUUUUUUUCCUUUUUCUCCUCCUUCCUUUUAAAAUCUUGAGUUUGACUCAUCCAAAGUUACCUGUGGUUGAACAAGGCAAGCCUUGUAACCCUAAAGCUGUUUGAAUUAAGUUUUACAGUGGCAGAUUCUGUUGUUUUGUUGAGGGAGAGUAAUUCAAGUGUUUCUGGGCUUUGCUUAUUUUGUGGAAAUGCUGGAAGUCUCCCACUGAAAAGGGAAGAUGACACCGUGGCCAUGGAAGUAAUCUCAUUUUUUUUCUCCCAGCACAAACUUUGCUUUGAAGGAUGAAAGGGUAUUGAUGAUUCCAACUGUAUCUUAAGGUUGGUUCAUUGAGAAGACCUCAGCGUGCAUGGAUUCAUAAUUCCCGUGUAGUUUUGCUCAAAACCCAGGUCAAUAGCUGACUCCUGUCCAGGUAUUGAUCCUGAGGAGUUGAGUGAGGCACGGAGUUGGCACUCAGCACAGCCUGAGCAGGGUGUGUCAUUUCUGAGGAGUGACUGCAUGGCUGUCAGGUCAUGUCCCUUCCCUCCCGGCUCGCAGGGACACUGCCACACCACGGCUCUGCCAGCUCACUCUGCUCGUGCUCUUGGAAGUUCUGUGUCUCCCCAGUCCCAGGAAAACCUCCUGCUUUAAGCUGCAGCCAUACCUGGCUGCUUCUCUGCCAUUCCCACAGCCCAGGACGGUGUUUUGUCUUGAUGCAGGACUGGCUUCUUCCUUCCCCAGACUCCCGGUGACUUCAGCCCCUAAUCCUUUAAGCCACUCUGUCCUGGAUCUCAUUAGAAGCCCAGCACUCUCCAGGGGAUGGAGCAGCCUUACAAAUGGGUCAUUUCUCUGAAACAGUGCAAGAUACUUGUGUAAAUAAACAAGCAGCUGUUUAAACCAGCUCUCUGGGGGCUUCUGAUGACAUUUAUUUACAGGCUGGCUGCUGGGAAUACUUCUUGCCCUCCAGUAGCCCCUUGCACGCAUUUCUGGUAAGCAGAGCCUUAUUUUUUGGGAGCAGCCUGCCCUGUGUUUGCAUGUGAAGCAGCCCCAAGAGCUGCUCUGGAAGCACAAAGUGUAAAAGGCACCAGACAAAGGCAGGUGUCACUCAAUGACCUGAUGUGGGUCUCCAAGAGUUGUCAUGCACACACUGAGAGGUAGCAGGCUGUUUCCAGCACGGCAGGAACUGUUCCUGUGGAGUGAGAGCUGACUCUUAAACCAAGCACUGCAAUAAAAAGCAGCUGUGUAAUGCUGUGUAGGAUUUCCAUGCAGUAAAUAGUUCAGCUGGUCCUGUAAGUGGGGGUGUGACAUGGAGGAAAAGGAAGGGUGGAAACCUGGAUAGGCUUGUGUUACCUGUGAUUUAAGAAAAGACUGGUUCAUUUAGAGGAGAUGAGGGAAUGAGGGGAAUAACUAGUGGGUGUAUGUCAGUGGGACAAUUAGCAUUUCCAUCAAGUGAGUGCCAGUUGGCUCUGGAAUUAAUCAAAUACAGCUCAUUCCCUCCCUUCCCACUCCUCCCCUUGGCUUUUGCUGUUUGCUUCUGACUUGUCUGUGCUUCUCUGGGCUCACAGAGAUAACGUGGAGCCCCCUAGGACUCCAGCACCACUGAAUUUACUGCCAGCUGCAGGUUUCUACUUACCUCUUACCUUUCCCUAUUCCCAACUUGAAUUUCCUUGUGCUCUGUCAGGGAUUCUUUCAAAUCUCCUCAAAUACUGUUUUUGAAUUGUUUGGGUUUUUUUCACUAAAAAACCACAAUGAGGCAUUUAUAUUUGAUUCACUGCUAAUCUCUAUCCCCAGUCAGGGUACUUGGAAUAAGAAGCUGGAAAGACACAGUACCUGGGAGGGCAGACUCGGGGUGCUCGUUGAAUUCUUGGGAGAGGCAGUGUACACAGAGGUGGCUGGACACAUUCCUGCAGUAAAGCACCAUGACAAAAGAUCAGAUCCACGCCAAAGACCAUCAGAAUUCCCCAUUCUCCAGUAUUUUAUUGCUGAUUUAUACACGCUAGAUGCUGUGUAUAGGGAUAUAGCAAAUUGUUUACUUUCAGCUAACACAACUGUACAUACCCCAGUAUUGGCAGGUUUCUUUGAAUCCCCUUAGCAUACCCUUGAACAGUCACCUGAUUUUCCUCCCUGCUGGAGCUCUCCAAGCCAGUUUUUGUGUUUGUGGGUAUUGGCUGUGCUUCUCUUCUCCUUGGGAUGGCCGAAAUGGGGCGACUUUUGUCCUGCUCCCCUAAAAGCAGAGCAGUACAGACAAGCAGCCUUCCUCUCUCCCCCACUUUGCAGCCCCUCAGGACUAAAGAGAACACAGAAAUGAACAGGCACAAAUGGUGCUGCCUCCCAGCUCUCAGCCCAACUCCCCAGCGUUGGACAACGUGUGUGUACACACGUGCACACCCCGCCAGCCAACAGCAUCACUAAUCCCUGGGAGGGAUCACCAUAUGGAAGGGGAUGGACAGUCAGCUGUGCUCACAGGAAUGAAGAGCCACUCAGACCUGGCUGCUGGAUUGCUUCCAAAAUGCUUUGGCAGUUUGACUCAGCCAUGUACAGAGGCUGGGGGAAAUAUAAAAGAGUCACAAAGAAUGUCACUGGGCUGAAGGUGAGGGUUUGGAGCUGUGCCAAACAUCCCUGAAGACAGGGCUGCAGCAGGAGGCAGGCACAGCUCUUCUGCAUUUGCCUCUUUUAUGCACUGAGGUAUCAAACAACUCUUAACAAAACAUCUUAUGGUCACUGUAAUUUAAGAAAUGCAUCUUCAACACUCUUUGGGGAAGGGACUGUGUGUUUGAAACCCAGAAGUUCCUGUUGUUUGCUGCCCAAAAAACAUUUCUUAUGUUAAAAGCCUCUGCUGCAACCCAGUAGCUCAACCUGUGCUCUCUGACACCCUUCACACCUUCAGUAGUGUUCCAGUACUCUUUUCUCCAGGCUUUAAAUGAUAGUCAUUUGCAUGCCUCAUACACAGAAACAGCCCAGCAAAUAAAGCAGCAUAAAACCCCAGAAGUCCAAGGAAAAGGCAGGCACAGACCUACUGGUGGAAACACAGUACCUGGCCCUGGCCCUUUUUAUAUCCACCUCAGAGAGCUGCUUAGGCUCACCCACGACUACAUUUAGGGUUGCAACGGAGUAAUCCUGCUCUGCCAGGCCCCUCUGGGUUUUUGGACACAAAGAAUUCCAUUAGGAACCCCUAGAGUUUAAAUAUUGUUCUUACUAACACACUGAUGUCCUCAUCCCUAGGUUUUCUUUACACAAAAUGAGGAAGGGAUGCUGUGUUUAAUUUACACUAAAUCGGGGUUGGAUCUGUAGCAGAGGGCAAGUUUUAGUAGCUUCAGAAGUUUUCCAACGGGAGCCUUUAGGAGAAAAGCCUGCCAAAAUUUGCACUGAUGCACAUCACAUUUUGGAGUUUACAGAUCCAGGGAACUCAGUGUAGCUCCCUGAAGACUGAGCAAAAACAGGUUGGAAUUUCUGGACAUUGUUUUAGUUCCAGGACAAGCAGAGUGGGAGAUAGGAAUGGCAGGAGUUGGGAACCUGGGCAGAAUGCAUUUUUUGCCUAAAAACAAAAUUACACACAGUGACUUUCAAGUCUUGCUCAAUGUUGCUGUGAUGCAGAAGGAGAAGAAAAAAUGCAUUUGAUUUAGGUUUGUUUUCCCCUUUCUGUAACUGUGGCAAUGACACUGCUGCCCGUUUGACUCACCACGAUUUCAAAGCAGUAUUAAAGUGACUAACAGCUGAAAAAUGUGUGUGUCCUUCGCCUCCCAGCUCAGGGCUCACUUCUCUGGAAGGCCCCCGAUGGCCACACAUCGCUCUGCAUUGGCAGAGCAUUUCUGUAUUUCACCAUCGUUUAUUUGGGUGCCCUGCCAAGGAGCAGUCCUGGAGCUUUCAGAUGGUGUCAGGGAGCCAGUGGGCAUCUCUGGGCUGGUAUGGAUGGGCAGGGGGUGGCUCAGGUGGUCUCAGCACCGUGGUUUUCAAGACUUGAUCACAGAGUACUCACUCAGAUCCUGAGGUCUGGACUGCAGAGUUUGCCUUGUCUUGGGUCCAAGUGCCAUAGAGGCACAGAUCAGUUUAAGAUCUGACAGAUGAAACAGCAAGAGCGGUGGAAUAGGGCUCGUGUGGCCUGGCAGGGGCUGUGAGGAGUCUGCUCAAGUACUCCCCACUUUCACACCAGCACUUGAAGAGUGAAGCUAAAUCCAGCAAAAUUCAAGCACCAGAGAUUUGGCACUUCCAAAACGCAGCCUGCGUGUGUGUUGAGGGGGGAAAGGCCGUUCUGAUUUUGGGGUUUUGGAGCAAAGAUAGAAGGAUUUCAGGUGUAAUCCCUUGUCCUUAAGUGACUGGUUCCCUUCAUGGCCCCAUGCCAGGCAGUGUGAGCGCAGAAUCCUCUUAUCCCGUAGCUCUGCUGGCCGUGUGAUCUCACCUGGAAAUUACUGGGGGCUAUAAUUUGAUGUGGGGCUCGCAUUUGCCCCUCCAGUUUCCUUGGGCCUUUGUCAGGGAAGGAAGCAGCAGCCCUGUAACUGAGACCCGUGGCAGGGGACAGCCCUGACAGCUCCUGCUCUGUGCCAGAACGCUGAUCUGGCUGUCAGCAUCAGCUGGGAAACACUGCAGGACUUGACCCUCGUCAAGGGAAAGUGGCAUCUUUGGUUAGCUGGACUUGCUGAACAGAGCCCUCAGCUUGUUACCUCAAAUUCAAGUUGGAGCUGCUUGAAGAGCUACACAGCUACUGCAGCUGGCUGUAGGAGAGUCUGUAUGAGGGAAGAGCUGCAUCCUCUGAAGCAGCUGCUUUGGAUUUGUAUGAAAUCAAGGCUCCUGGAUUCUGUGUGUCCGGAGAGGAAAAGACCAGCCAACAGCAAACUCGGCUAACCUCGUGUCUUUAAAUCACACACAGAGUCCUGCUGAGCACAACAACCUAGGGAGGCACGGAAUAAAACCUCUCCCUGUGUGCCCUGGCAAGUGGAUGGUUUUGGAAUGGGACAUCAUAGCUCCUGGCUGACAGUCAGCAUGAUUGGAUUAAUUUGGUGUGCACAGAGUCAUCUUUAGGCUUCUGAUACUCACAAUUUGCACUGGGCUGGAGCCCUUUGUGCCCCAGAACUGCUAAAUGGGAGCUUUACCUGAGCUCUUUUUACAGCUCCUGGGCUGUUUGGAAUACAACGGUCUUGAGCGAUCCCGAGCAUGAAAAAGCACAGAACACAAAAGCUGGAUAGUUAAUGAGAAAAUGGAGCUAAUUCCCCCUCAGACUGCAACUUCAGCCUCAUAUAAGUGCAGUGGAGAAGUGGGACUACUAACAGGGAUGCCAAAGGAAAAAUAUGAUCCUCCAGAUCCUCGCAGAAUUUACACCAUCAUGUCGGCGGAAGAGGUGGCCAACGGGAAGAAGUCGCACUGGGCUGAAUUAGAGAUCUCGGGGAGAGUGCGGAGCUUAAGCACGUCGCUGUGGUCGCUGACACACCUGACUGCUCUGCACCUCAAUGACAACAACCUUACUCGCAUUCCACCUGAUAUUGCCAAGCUUCACAAUCUGGUUUACCUGGAUCUGUCAUCCAACAAACUCAGAAGUUUACCAGCAGAACUAGGAAACAUGGUGUCUCUCAGGGAAUUGCUUUUAAAUAACAAUCUGUUACGGGUUUUGCCUUAUGAACUUGGACGACUCUUCCAGCUGCAAACCCUGGGUUUGAAAGGCAAUCCUUUAUCCCAAGAUAUUCUCAGCCUCUACCAGGAUCCAGACGGAACCCGGAAGCUACUGAACUACAUGCUUGACAAUCUAGCAGUUCAUCCAGAGCAGCUGCCUCCAAGGCCAUGGAUUACUUUAAAAGAACGAGACCAAAUUCUGCCCUCAGCUUCAUUUACAGUUAUGUGUUACAAUGUGUUGUGUGAUAAAUACGCCACCCGGCAGCUCUAUGGCUACUGCCCAUCUUGGGCACUCAAUUGGGAAUACAGGAAAAAGGGAAUCAUGGAAGAAAUCGUCAACUGUGAUGCAGACAUCAUUAGUCUUCAGGAAGUGGAAACGGAGCAAUACUUCACCCUUUUCCUGCCAGCCUUGAAAGAACGGGGAUACGACGGAUUCUUUUCUCCAAAGUCACGUGCCAAAAUCAUGUCCGAGCAGGAGAAAAAGCAUGUGGAUGGCUGCGCGAUAUUCUUCAAAACGGAAAAGUUCACUCUGGUGCAGAAGCACACGGUGGAGUUCAACCAGGUGGCCAUGGCCAACUCAGAGGGCUCGGAAGCCAUGUUGAACAGAGUGAUGACCAAGGACAACAUCGGAGUCGCCGUGGUGUUGGAGGUGCACAAGGAAUUAUUUGGAGCAAGUAUGAAAUCGCUUCACGUGGACAAGCAGCUGCUCAUCGUGGCCAAUGCCCACAUGCACUGGGACCCCGAAUACUCAGAUGUGAAACUCAUCCAGACCAUGAUGUUUGUCUCAGAGCUGAAAAACAUCCUGGAGAAAGCCUCAAGCAGGCCCAGUAGCCCUACAGCAGAUCCCAACUCUAUCCCUCUGGUGCUGUGUGCAGAUCUCAACUCACUGCCUGAUUCAGGUGUAGUGGAAUACCUGAGCAACGGCAUAGUAGCUGACAACCACAAGGACUUCAAGGAGCUGCGCUACAACGAGUGUCUCAUGAACUUCAGCGGCAACGGCAAGAACGGAGCCUCGGAGGGCAGGAUCACGCAUGGCUUCCAGCUGAAGAGCGCCUACGAGAACAACCUGAUGCCUUACACCAAUUACACCUUUGACUUCAAAGGUGUGAUCGACUACAUUUUCUACUCCAACACCCACAUGAACGUGCUCGGAGUGCUGGGCCCUUUGGACCCUCAGUGGCUGGUGGACAACAACAUCACGGGGUGCCCGCACCCGCACAUCCCCUCGGACCACUUCUCGCUGCUGACGCAGCUGGAGCUGCAGCCGCCGCUGCUGCCCCUGGUGAACGGCGUGCACCUGCCCUCCCGCAGGUAGUGCAGCCCCACGGGCUCCCACCAGCCCCACGGACCUGUACACUUGUAAAUCCCACUAGAUAGGAGUGAAGUAUGGCCAACCUUCAGCUGCUUCUUUGAGCUCCUUUCCUUAUGUGUUUGAUAAGAGAUUUUGCACAUUUUGGUGCAUAUUGGUAUCAUUUGGCACUAGGGCUGGAACCAAAGUAUUAUUCCCCUUUCCAGGUUUUUAAUUUAAUUUUUGUGUUUUGUUGGUUUUUUUUUUUUUUUUAUUUUACUUUAAACUGGCUUUUUCUUUUCAGUAGGAAGCUGCACUUCUAAAUGGACAAAAGAGAUUUAAAAACUUGCAUUUAACAUAUUUCAAGGUAAUGCUUUUUUCCAGAACGUGGCAAAUUGAGCCAACCUUUUAGGAGAAAGAAAAACAAAACUAGAGAUGCUUGUUUUGUAGGAAGAACGUUAGAAAUAUUGUUUGUUUGAAUCCAAAAUGGAGACUCAACUCUGCAUCCGACAUAAAUUUUGCACAUUAGCAAAGCACUUAAUACCUGACUCUAAAUGAUUGGCAGCAUGACCCUGCCCCUCAUCUCAAUACUAUCAGAAAACCAAAGAUAGCCAAGUGUCUGUGAUCAAAUUCGAGCUCUAAAUCCUCCCAAUUCCAAUUUGUGUGGGAGCUGUUGUCAGUCAGGGCUGAAGUAACAAGCUGCUGGUUCCUUCCCAAAUGUUAAUGCUCUUUGGAUGUGUUGGAAAUCCUUGUUUUCUUUCCUUUUAAUUGCUCUGGGUGGCCAGUUCAAAACCUUGUGCCUCAAGAGGCAUUAAACAUGAUGCAAUCUUCUGGGGAAAAAAAAAACCACAAAACAAAAAAAACCAAGUUGUUUGGCUGCUUAAUGUUUUAAAAAAAAGGCACAGUGAUAGGAAAAGGUCGUGUCUGUGUUUUUAAGUUUUUCUUUAUUCUGCUUUUUUGCUGCUAUAAGAUUUUCUUGAAUUUCUAUUUGAAACUUUUCAUGCACUUUACUGUUUCUAGUCUCCAAAUGUGAUAUUUUUAAUAAAUGAAAAACGUUUUCCAUGA